UCAGAGCAAAACAGGAAACAAGGACCAGACAAAAGUUAAGAAGUAGAGGAGGAGGUAAUCCUUCUUGAGGAAGUCCUGUUGGAAAGAAAUGUUGGGAGAUAUUCGUAUAAAUCUUUUGCAUUUGGUGGAAAGGUAUGGGUGAUCAUGCCGUGCGUGCACUGGGUGGAGUUUACAUGUUUUCUUCAAAAACACUGCUGGUAUUUUUAACAGCUCAGUGUUUAUAUGUGCACAGAAAGCCAGGCGUCCGUGUAGGACUACCCCAUAGUGUGACUUUCCAUGACAGAAUAUGGCAUUCCGUAGAAUGUUGAUGAUGAAAUUCCACUUUCUUACAGCGACGCUGUGCGUAUAAAAACACCACCGACGGACUAGUUAUGCAGCCUACUUACAGAGACAGGGGAGAGGCGCAUUUCGCAAGUUAACGUAGGCAAAGUAAGUUUAUAAUGUAUCCGCCAAUCACAUUACAUCAGUUACUUACAGGGGAAAGGGACAGAUAAAAGGGUUCAGGGAAAUAGUUUCGCGGCCACUGAGUUUAUGUGGUUUGAUGCAGGUAGACCUUAUUUUUCAGCUCAGUAAUCAUGACGUGAAUGGAGGACCGGUUUGAAUUUGCCGAACCCCACGUGUUGUUAAGCGAAGGAUGAUUAAGACAUUGGGUCUUAUGGAGCUGAAUAGCAAAGCUGGGAGCCAGUGCGCGAUCCACCACUAACUUGCUUCAGACCCUUUUUGCGAAAUCGUGUUUUAUUUUGAUUUUUUAUUUCCCCACCGCUGAUGAACAAUGGAGGAGCAACCCUCCUCUUUUCUCCUGCGUUAGAUCAUUGUUUUUGAUGCUGUUGUUUUGUUGGAGGGCAGGGGGAUACCUGGUCUUUUCGGACUUCUGCUAGAAAGCACCCCGAACAUCAGUGGUAUAGACAGUUGUCUUCUACCGCCUCCCUACCGAUCCCAAGCAGCUGAUGUAGUGUGCUCUCAUCCAGGCAAUAUUAUGGUGAAAUUCCUAGCGCUCGCACCUUACUGGCCUCUUGUCCGAUUUCUGGUUCCUCUCGCAAUCACCAACAUAGCCAUGGAUCUUGGAGAACAGAGAGAGAGAGAGAGAUGCAAGUAUGUUCCCAAUGGUUGGUUGUCUGCAACUGAAAUUUCCUGCAAGGAGGGGGAGCUAGUUUGCCUGAAGAAGACCUGCAAUGGCUUUGAACAGGGGCAUUGCAGCAGUUAAAGGAGAUUCGGUGGAAAUGUUGGCUAGCUAUGGCCUAGCUUACUCACUGAUGAAAUUCUUCACGGGGCCCCUGAGUGAUUUCAAGAAUGUAGGCCUGGUAUUUGUGAACAGCAAGAAGGACCGUACCAAGGCUGUACUGUGCAUGGUUACAGCUGGGACUGUGGCCGUUAUCGUUCACAUUCUCAUAGCCUAUACAGAUUUAGGAUACUACAUCAUCAACAAGCUUCAUGGUGUGGAUGACUUUGUGGGUAGCAAGACCAGGAAAGCUUUCCUUUAUUUGGCAUUUUUCCCUUUACUGGAUGCUCUGGCCUGGACACACACUGGUAUCCUCUUGAAGCACAAACAUAGUUUCUUGGUGGGCUGUGCUUCUAUUUCUGAUGUCGUUGCACAGAUAGUGUUUGUGGCCAUCUUGCUCCAAAGUAACUUGGAGUGUUUUGAGCCACUGCUGAUACCCAUACUGUCGUUGUACAUGGGUGCACUAGUUCGCUUCACCAUUGUGGGCAUAGGCUACUACCAUAAAAUCCAUGAUGUCAUCCCAGAGUCCUGUGGGCCUGAAGUUGGGGGGGAUGCCACCAUUAAGAAAAUGCUGAGCUUCUGGUGGCCCCUGGCCCUCAUCCUGGCCACCCAGCGCAUUAGCAGGCCCAUUGUAAACCUCUUUGUUUCCCGGGACCUGCAGGGGAGUGUUGCAGCUACUGAGGCAGUAGCAGUGCUUACAGCAACGUACCCGGUGGGUCACAUGCCCUACGGUUGGCUAACAGAGCUGCGGACAAUCUACUCGGCCUUCGAUAAUAACAACCCUGGUAACAAGUUAAUCAACAGUGGCACUGUGGUAACCAAAUCACACAUCAAGAAGUUCACCUUUAUGUGUCUGGCGCUGUCUCUCAUGUGCUGCUUUGUGCUGUUCUGGACCCCGCACGUCUCGGAGAAGAUCAUGGUGAACAUUAUCGGGGUGGACCCCGAAUUUGCCCAGCUCUGCAUCGCCCCACUGCGUGUCUUUUCCUUCUUCGCUAUUCCUGUGACCAUCCGGGCUCACCUAACAGGAUGGCUGAUGAUCCUGAAGAAGACUUUUUUCCUGGCUCCCAGCUCUGUCCUGCGCAUUGUUGUGCUCAUCACCAGUCUUAUUGUGUUGCCUUACAUGGGGGUGCAUGGUGGUACACUGGGAGUGGGAUCUCUUUUGGCUGGUUUCUUUGGGGAAGCCACCAUGGUUGCAAUAGCUGCGUGCUACGUCAAACAAAAACAGAAGAAAAAGAAGGUGAUAGAUGGCACAACUGCAGAAGAGGGUGAAGAAUCGUCCCCUAUUGGCGAAGCAGGGACCGGGGGUGAAAUGGACGACAUUGUAGAACUGCAGGAAGAAUGCCAGGCUGAGGAAUGAAAAGGACUUUUAGAUCAGUGAGAAGAAUAUUCGGAGGAAGGGGAAGGGUUGUCUCAUUUGCUGGAAUGGUUCUGAAUAGCUGAACAUCAGCUCUCUUCCAUGGAAUACUGUCCUGCCAGAGCCUGAGAGGCACUCCUUAUGGCUUAUGGCACACCCUCCCCAAGUGCUCCAAUAUGUGCAAAGAUGAACCCAGAGGAGAGGCCUUUGCAUGCACAGGGUGGGCAUUCUAGCUUUGUGAUUGAAACGCACACUCUCAUUUGUUACGUAAUUUUACGUAAUAAUUUAUAAGUACGCACAUACACGAACACACUGAUUAUAUAUAUAUAUAUAGCUGGUAAAUGCGGGUUUUUCACCAGUAAAAUGGUCAAAGUCAAGUUUUUGUCGGGAAAAUGGUUGAAGUCCUUACGGACAUUCUAGCCGCCAAAAAAAAAGAAGAAAAUGGUAGGCUAAAGGCCGAAAUGAUGCCUUACAAUUGCAGAUAGUCUAUGCAUUUCACUUAUAUAUCCUCUGUUAGAAGCAGAUAAAGCCCCUAACAAUGGAGGGAGUUGAGAGGUAGAACUGCCUUUAAAGUCAUAAUGUUGUAUUGACAAUCAAAAGAGCAUUACAUUACAUUACAUUACAUUCAUUUGGCAGACGCUUUUAUCCAAAGCAACGUACAAAAGUGCAUUUUCAUGAUCGUAGACAACUGCUGAACACGGGUUCAAGAGCAGGCUAAGAGAACGCAUUGCACUCAGGCCAACAGCUCUAAGGGAUCCCAUUUUGGGGAAAUCAGGUCAAUGUUAAUCGCAGCAUGCCGUGAUAAGCUAGGCUCCGCCCACUGAAUAAACACAGCGGGGACCACGCCGAGAGGGCUGUCACACCUCAAAAAUCAGCCUAAAGCAACGACUCCGAUCGGAUCAAAACCACGCCAAGAAACCCCAGGCACGAGGUUUGAAGGCUAUUGUGAAUCUCAAGAUGCACUACAACUAAGGAGUCUGCCAACUUCCAUGCCAUGAAUCAUUGCUUCAAUUAAAUAAUAUGGAUAUGUGGUUGGCUAUCGUAGCCCUAUUGUUAUUUUAGCCUGCUAAACAAGUAGAUUCAUUGGUAAAAAAAUGUUUACUCUGUCAAAACUUGAACUUGAAUAGGCCUAAAGAUGACUUUCAUAUGAUCAGCAAAUUGUUGUUUCAUUGCCUUGUAAAAUAGCCAACGCCAAUUAAUGCACAGUCUAAUACCCAUAUGAGCCCAUUCACCAUGGUGUAAAUUGUGUUUAUUCGACUAAGAAAUCUUUUCAUAUUUAUUUGGUAAGAGAUGGUUUCUCUUCAUUAAGAAGUGUUCCAAUAUACAACAAAUGAUGCAAGAUCAUGUCAGCUUCUUUUAAGAAUGCAUACUUUGAAGAAUGCAUACUUUUAACACACUUUGAAUGUAUACAUAAGGAAAUUGCCUUUUUUACCCAAUCCUCUUGUACAAAACAUAUGCAUAUUUAUAUAUAUUCAGCAUUAUUAUAAUUUUUGUUUUCAUAGUCCAAAAAUGCAAGAUUAUGGUGUUAAGUAUCAGACAUUAACAGAUAUUGCUGGAAUUUUUAUAAUUUCUCUGAUGAAACUGAACUGAAAUCAAACUGAAAUCCAAAAUUAAAUACAUUUUUUCAAUCCUUCCGCAAACUCUAAUAAGAUGAUAUCGAUAUAUUUAAAAUCAUAUAUAUUAUAAAUCUUGAUGAUACAGCAUAUUUAUAUUUGUACUACAUAUUUAUAUAUAGACAUCUUCCACCUUUUGUUAAUUAGGACUAAUGCAAGACAAUGAAGAUACCAAGCUAAACCAAAGCAAAGUUUUGACAUCAACUUUUUUCUGUCUGCUGAACUUUCUUCAUGUUGCUACCUUCAAGAAGCAUUCAAAAGGACUGUUUAGAGGUUGAUUUUCAUUCAAACACGACUUUUUACUAUGACUGUACAAUGAAUACACAAGACCAAAACAGGUCAUUGUGCUUCCUCUUAUGACUUUUAUUUUCCAAGAUUAAUGAGCAGUUCUGCUAUGGCUUUGAUCACUGCUUUAGCUGCAAGUGGUUUCUAAGGGUUGCUAUAUCUAUAGAUAUUACAUUUAUAUUUAUUAUCAUAUAGAGGUGGUGGCAUUUUGAUGUGUGAUGUAAGUUGGUGCUUUUUUAAUCAUAUAAUGGUGUUGAUGUUCAAACAAUGUUUUGAGUUUUGAUUGGGUGACCCAUUGUGCAAACUACAUGACAGGGAGGGGUCAGAACUGUGGACGUUAAGUUUCCUAUUCAAUGUGUUACUUCUGUUACAAGUUUUUACUUGUUCUGGGCAUUGCUCUUUUUAAUCUCAGGAUAGAUUCCAUUAUGCAUUCAGCUAUGUCUAUUUUGUUGCUAACUCUCUUCAUUUAAUUUCCAUUUACAGAAACGCACAGGUAUACAUACAUAUUUUCAAAGUAGUUUCUUUUGUUAAAGGUUGUAGCAGGCAGCUCAUGGGUCCAUUUUGUGUUUUGUCACAUGCCAAAAGAAAGUGACUUCUCACAUUCAUAUCUAUGAAAAAGGAACUGAAAAGCAUUGUUAAAUAAAGGUUGGUUCACAUUCA